UGCUCCCAUAUUCUCCUCUUUCCUACACUCCUAGUAGCCUCGUAUAGGAAUAUUGGUUACCAUAUCGGUUUAAGCUAGAACCACAUGCUUCCCAAUUGAUCGCAAGGUCCAUGUUAGGUGCGCCACCUGAAGCUUGGCAAAUAGCUGAGGGCAAAACACAUAAGUUAAAGCGUAAAUAAAUAAAUAUAGAGAAGAAAGAACUGAAGAGCAGUGACUCUUCAAGGAAGGUAAAUGCAAUUAAUCGAGGCCGCGGAGGGGCGUUCGCGCACUGUAAUGAUGAGAAUAUUGUGGCACACCUGCAGGGACGCACCCCCCUCACUGGAAUGGCCGUAAGACGGCUGCGGAUGGGAUUUAUAUGGAGUUAGGAUACUUAGUAGGUAUCUGGGAACUGUUCCUUAGGGAAAGCUUGAUGGUCGACCUUCUUGUGGGCCUGUUCGUUGUAGCCUUCGCCGAAUCUGGAGUCUCUCUUGACCACCUCUGGUUCGGCAUAGCACUUGUCUGGCAUAGAUCUCGGCUGUGGCUUUCUGCUGACAACCUCCUCGACAUCGAGGCCACCACUGAUGGAGCCUCUGCCCAUUGGGUGGGCUGGGAUGGAGAAGGAUACACCGGCGUUGUGGCUGCCGUGGAAGCCACCCUUGGUGUUGUUAACCUGGGAGCUCUCGAAGAUAACUUGCUUUCUGGUGUGGUUUUCUUGCAAUUCGGUCAAGGUGUUGUCCCACUGGGCAAUCUUCUCUUCUCUGGUUCUAGUGGACAAGAAAGCGCCUGGAUGGAGUCUUGGGAUGUACUGCAUGAUGAAGGAUUGGUCAUGUUUUUGCUUGUAGAUGGAUUCGGAAUAGAUGAGGCCGGAGAAACCAAAAAACAAGGCCCACGAGGUUAUGUUUCUUCUGGUGAAGAAGGAGACCGCUUCGGUCAACGCUGGACCGUGGCCGUGACCGCCCAUGGCCUUGGCGGAACUGGAAAAGGUUCUGACAGACUGGGCAGCAGUUCUGGAAGUGGAGCGGAACAUUGUAUGUGCAGUUGUUGCUGACGUGCGAGUAUACUCCCGGUGUAAAACUCUGGGCAAAGCGUGUCUUUUUAGUUGAUGCCUGCAAUUGUGGAUAGUUCAGGUUACAUGCGUGGGAUUUUCACCGUUCAGCCAAUGAGUGUCUGCCUGAAUUGUAAGCAGGACGUGUCCUGAGAAGUACGCAACAUGCGUAAUGUGAGGCACGCUGGUGGGGACACGAAACGAGGGAAGGAGCAAUAAGGCGAAGAUAGAGAACAGCAAGCAUCUGAUUUGACGUCAAAUUUCGCUAUCUCAACUUAUUUUCCACCAACGAUGGUGUUGAGUUCAGGUUAACCGACAGACGGAACUUCUGAGCUUUGCAUGUGCAGUCGAUUGUAGAUUAUCACCGCUUCGAAGUCAAUGUACAGUGAAUGUCACGUGAUUAAACAGAAGGUAGCACAUAUUGUUCCUGCAGGUCUCCCG